GAGAGCUGUGAUUGGACGUUAAACCGUCAAUAACAUUCCACCCACCCCUGCAAAGUAAUUCUGUGCUCUUAUUGGGUUAUUUCAUGCACACUGACCUUCGACCCUACGUCUUAGGCUGCGAUUGGUGCGUACUCUCCGGAGCGGUAACUAUGAGGAAGGAGCCGGAUAGUGUGAGAAUGUUGUGAAUGUUUUAACAAUCGCUUUACCUAGGUGGUGAUGUAGAUGCAUGUAGUACAAUGAAAAAGUAUGUGAAUGCUAUAUAAUGUUGUAUACGUUAUUGUUAACGUAAUUUCCAUCGUAAUUUAACACAUGGGGUCUUUAAUGCACGCUGUUAUUGCAGGAAACAGGACGGACAGGGAUAAUCGUGCAAGAUAAGAAGUUGAGUCACAUGCGAGUUUUGAUGCGGGUACUUUCAUUAAGUGUCAAGUCAAGAUUUAUUCCAUGCAGAAAAGAAAAAAAAGCGACACAACAUUUCGGCUACGGAGCCUUGGACUUUGUUUUAAGUGCGCCCGGUGUUUCCCGGUGUGCGGCGAUGGCAGACGGCAGGUGUACAGUGGACCACCUGGCCGGGUUCCAGCGCCCCUCGGGCUCGGCGCAGGUGCUCACCUGCGGGCCCGACCUGCUGCUGCUGCGGAACGGGAGCGAGAGAGUGUUCGCGUACAGCGGCCGUGAGGCGAGAGUGCAGGCCGUCUAUAUUUUUGCUGGCCGUGUUACUCACCUGCUGGAGAGCCCCGACCGUCGGUGCAUUUUUGCUCUGUGCCAAAACGAUGGAAUAUAUUGCACCUCGCUGCAUCAGAUCAGCAGGGAGCCGUCUCCCACACCUACUGAAGCAGCACCUAAGAGCCCAGUCCUGGUUAUGGUGCCUCCCGAUGCCUGUGUGCUGAAAGACCCAGGCGCCUGCUCUUUUGCGGUGCUGGAGAAUGCGCUGGUGGCAGUGGCACGCAGUGGCACGGCGUGGCGAAUGGGUUUUUAUGAAGUCCCGGCAGGAUCCACGGGGAGCUGUAAGAAAGUGGAGGAGCUGUGCAUCCCCGUUCUGUCAGCGGGGUGUUCCAGCAUCUACGGGGGUAGAGACGAGGCCGUACCCCCUGUUCUGUGUUGCAUAUACCCUCAUGGAGCAAAAGCAAAGGCCACAGAAGACAGCAGCAGCGGUCACUUGCUCUUGGAACAGGUCCUCUUCAGGCUCCUCUUCGGCGUGGAUGCGGCUCUGCUGUCCUCUCCCACAAUCCUGUGCGGCCUGCCGGAUGGGCGUCUUUGCUGCCUGCCUCUGCGGCGACCGGGGAACCCCGAGGCCGAGGGCGGGGAGUCCCGGGUGAGAGUGCUCCGCCAUCUGGGCCAGCCGAUCGCCUUCAUUGGAGCGUGGGGCGCCGGGGGCGACGACAGGGGAUCCAGCUGCCUGCUGGUGGUUGGCAGCAGUGGCAGGGCUCUGCUGAUGCUCGCUGAGGGAGAGGAGGAAGGCCGGGCUCUGGAGUUCCGAGAACGGCACCUCUCUGGCCGCGUGCAGAGCGCUUGUCUCGCCGACGGUCAACUCUUUUACAGCACGGGCUCUGACCUCCUGGCUGUGCAGCUCCGCCCCAGCCCUUCUGGGGACAGACCAGAUCUCUGGAUCCCAUCCCUGCAACCCCCUGUCACCCUGAAUGUCUGCAGCCUCAUCGCACUGUCCAGACCCACAGAGACACCUGCAGGGGCUGUGAAGCUGUUCGCUGUAUCACUCAAGGGGAGGCUGCUGAGGGUGACUCUGCCUCAGAAGUCACCCAGGGCUCAUGGGGCACUGUCAGCAGCACAGGUGGGCCAGAAAGUGAGGGACCUUCUUGCUGGCAUUGGAAAUGUCUCGGAGAGAGUUUCUUCUUUAAAAAGCUGCAUUCACCUGAAGAAUGACGCCCUGAGGAACCUCAACCAAGUUUUCAAUAUCUGCUGCUUGCUGAUGCCCAAUCAGAGGCAUGCAGGGGGGGGUCCUUGCCCCGUGCGUCCAAUCAGCUGCCGUGUCCGGGUCAAACGCAGUUGCAUUCUGCAGCAAGAGACGCUGUUUCUGAGCUGCGUCCUGCAGAACUCCAGCGAUUACAUUCUGGAACAGGGCUGGACUCUGUGUGUACAGCUGAUUUAUCCCCCUUACCCUUUGACCGCGCAGGGUGAACGGCCGACCAAGACUUACUCCUUCCCGUUCGAUAAAUUGCAUCCAGGUAAAAACCUAGAAGUGACCCUGCCACUAGCCACAGAGAGUGAGUUAGCCCUCCCUGUGACGGUCUGCUGCUCCCUCAUGUACUUUCUGCAAAGCAUCCUGGGAGAGGAGGAGUGCAGAUGGGCCCCUAUGAGCCAGCCUUCACUCUCCCAGCUGGUAAAAGACUCUGGUUACAUCAGCCUGGUUUUAGACACUCAGACUGUGGACUGGUUGGACUGUCUGUGGGUCGGUGGUCCUGCCACUCACGGAAACAACACCAGGCCCAGCUCAGGUUCUGGUGUUGACCUGGUCCAGACCCUCCUGACCUCAUCCCGAAAGGCCCAGCAACAGGAAUGUGAGGGAGCUCCACUGAAGACACUCCCACAGCGGAGCUCGGAAGGGGGGCCUUUUGUAGCGUCCCUCAGAGUGUCCUCAGACCUGCUAAAAACUGCACUGCAACUCUCCGGUUCAGGCCCCUCUGUGUCCAGCGCAGUGCUGCACUGGCUGGUGUCCUGCAGCCCUGCUGGGGAGAACAUUGCGUGUGAGGACAUUCCUGUGCUGUCUGCUGUCUGCCCUGGGGGGGCCUCUCUGAGGCUGCUGGCUCAGGAGGUAACCGCGAGCGACUUGUGGGCUGAUGGGCCGAUCACAGCUGUGGAGAUCCGGAUUGAGAGCUCCUCAUUGGCUGAAUUGUGCGGGCUGCAUUUCGCCGUGUUACGGCGUCUCCAGGCUCUGCUCAAGGAGGGGGUCCCUGAGGCUGGAGCUGCAAGGCGGUUAAAAGGACAGAGCUUUGUACAGCUCUUACAGCACACGGAGACUUUAUCGAAGGCUGUCCAGGAGGCUCGAGGACACAUUGCCCUGGGACUGGGGAUGUCAAGUAGGAUCACUGAGAAACUGCUCCACACCUAUGGGCAGCUGAGGGACAGCCCGUUCCUGAUCCUUUGAGGGUACAACCUGGGGGCUCCAGGUGUCAGUCUGCCCCUCGCCCAUGUCCUGCGAGUGGACAGUGUGGGAAAGAGAAGACUCAUCCUGACCCACCUGACGGGACCUCCCUCCACGCUCUGGACUAGCACCGCACCAGCCAGCUCCUCUCCUGUUAGUGUAAAGUGAAAGUUUUAAUCCCAACCCUUCGUAUCUCAGGGGCCUAAUGUCCUCCAGCUGCCCAGUGAACAAGAGAUAACUAGGCCCCUUUGAAGGGGGUGAGUCCAGGGCUUGGCAGCAGAAACCAAAAGAUCCUGACUUCUAAUUGGUUUGACUAUUAGCUCCUCAUUUCGGUGCCAAGAGAAUCGGAUGCAUCCGAAUAAAGUCCUCAGCCGAAAAAGCCUGCAGGUAAUGUUUAAAAUUAGGCAUAGCCAGCCCUUUACUAGCUUAGGGGAUUGUAAAGUUGCCAGCCAGAUUCCUGGCCUCUUUCCCAUCCCCAUGAAACUAAUCCUGAUGGAAUUGAUUUGUUCUAAGUGUUGCUGCGGAGAGGUGACUGGGAGUUUCUUCCUCUUAACUUCUGGGGUUUUCUAUUAGGAGAAUCCAGGGUGUUGGUGCUUUGCCCUGGACACCUGAGCUGUGGGAAUGAUCCCUGUGUGGGGGCCGAACAGGCUGCUCUUGAAACAGGCGCUGUAGUCUAUACUGCACCUGUUUUGCAUGAGGUUAGUUGAGCAGCCAUGGAGCUGCUGAAACCCGUGCCCCUGUCUCAUGUGUGACUGUGACAUUAUCUCCCCCUCCUCUCCGUCCCUGAAAACACUCUCCUGCUGCAGGAGGGCACUGACUACAGCCCUCCACACCUCGACAACAACAAAGAGAUGCGCCAGACUGCAUUUGGCUUCCGUGCUUUGAGUUCUCCCAGACUGACGUUUUUUUUUUCCCUCUGUUUUCAGCACAUCGAGAAGCCAGAUCAUUUAAAAAUAAAGUUUCCACUUUUGCCUUUGAAAACUGAA